AACUUGUCCUCAAUAUAUGCUACAUUUUUUUUCCUCUUAAAGCUUCUUGAACAUGAAAAUGUUUAGAGUCCACUCAUGGACAUGUCUUUCUUUCUUUUUUCCCAGGAUUGCCUCAAGUUCUUAAAAGAAAUACCUUCUGCAGCAACAAAUGAUGCAUCUGCCAAUCCUUUCCAACAUUCCAGCUCUGUCAUGAAUCUUUAUCUAGAGACAAGUUCUACUCUUUUAAAGGUCCUUCAAGCCCAUUCUGUCCAGCUCAUCUCCCACCAACUUUCUGAGGAAUUGAGAAGGUUGCAGGCAUCGUCUGUGCAUGCUAAUCCAAGAUUGCAAAAUGGUGGAGGACAUGUUUCCGAGGGGGUAAAACCCAAAGGCAGGGGAGCUCCGAAGAAGGCUCCUGCUAGAAAGGUGUGUUUGCAAAUCCUGAAACUUCUUAUUUCCCAAGUAUCUCCCUAUUUUUGUGGACUUCUCAUUGCCUUUUUGGUUUGGGUCUUUCAGCAGAAAAUGCCAACUGCCGUUGAUAGUGAGAGGAAGAUGAUAAGGUGCUCGAGCUGAAAGAACGACUGGCAGCGUAUAACAUUGAUUCUCCUUCAGAUCAAAUAGGUAUAUGAUCAUCCAUGUGUAGUAAGCCU